AUGGGAUCACACAAAAGUGCAUCUUCAAGGCACCAUUCUCUGAACUCCUAUGAAAUCAUGUUGGGAGUUCUUUUUGGCACCUUAGUGGUGAUCUGUGUUGGAUUAAUUGCAGUAUCCUGGCUGGCAAUCAAGGAAUCAGAAAGAGUAAGAUUAGGGUUCGGCCAGCAUGGAAAAAUUGACAAGUGCGGAAGAGUAGAUAAAAGCAGUGUCUGUGACAAAAUAAAUGGCAGCAUUAUAGUCAUAUUUGACCUUUUCUUUGCCCAGUGGGUGUCAGAUGAAAAUGUAAAAGAGGAACUGAUUCAAGGCAUUGAAGCAAAUAAAUCCAGCCAACUGGCCACUUUCCAUAUUGAUUUGAACAGCAUUGAUAUCUCAGGAAAUGUCUCAAUAGAGUGCCUGCCUGGUUUAAGGCCUUGUGCUGAUGCUCUAAAGUGUAUAGCAAUUGAUUUAUUUUGUGAUGGAGAGUUAAACUGUCCAGAUGGUUCUGAUGAAGACAACAAAAUUUGUGCCACCGCUUGUGAUGGAAGAUUUUUGUUGACUGGAUCAUCUGGGUCUUUCCAGGCUGCCCAAUAUCCAAAGCCUUCUAACCCCACUGUUUGCCAGUGGAUCAUACGUGUAAACCAAGGACUUUCCAUUAAACUGAACUUCAAUUUUCUUAAUAUGUAUAAUGCAGAUUUAUUAAAUAUUUAUGAAGGUGUAGGAUCAAGCAAAAUUUUGAGAGCUUCUAUUUGGGAAAAUAAUCCUGGCACAAUUAGGAUUUUUUCCAACCAAGUUACUGUCACCUUUCUUAUAGAAUCUGAUGAAAAUAAUUAUGUUGGCUUUAUUGCAACAUAUGCUACAUUUAACAGCAGUGAGCUUAAUAAUUAUGAGAAAAUUAACUGUAAUUUUGAGGAUGGCUUUUGUUUCUGGAUCCAAGACCUAAAUGAUGAUAAUGAAUGGGAAAGGGUACAGGGAAAUACCUUUCCUCCUUUUACUGGACCAAAUUUUGACCACACUUUUGGCAAUAUUUCAGGAUUUUAUAUUUCUACCCCAACUGGACCAGGAGGGAGACGAGAAAGAGUGGGACUUUUAAGCCUCCCUUUGGACCCCACAUUGGAACCAGUUUGCCUUAGUUUCUGGUAUUAUAUGUAUGGUGAAAAUGUCUAUAAAUUAAGCAUUAAUGUCAGCAGUGACCAAAACAUGGAGAAGACAAUUUUCCACAAGGAAGGAAAUUAUGGAGAAAAUUGGUAUUAUGGACAAGUAACUUUAAAUGAAACAGUUGAAUUUAAGGUUGCUUUUAAUGCCUUUAAAAACCAGUUCCUAAGUGAUAUAGCAUUGGAUGACAUUAGCCUAACAUAUGGUAUUUGCAAUAAGAGUAUUUAUCCAGAACCAACUUUGGUCCCAACUCCUCCACCGGAACUUCCCACGGAUUGCGGAGGACCUGUUGAACUGUGGGAGCCAAAUACAACAUUCACUUCUAUGAACUUUCCAAACAGCUACCCUAAUCAGGCUUUCUGUGUUUGGAAUUUAAACGCACAAAAGGGGAAAAAUAUACAACUUCAUUUUCAAGAAUUUGACUUAGAAAAUAUUGUAGAUGUAGUUGAAAUCAGAGAUGGAGGAGAAGAUGAUUCCUUGCUCUUAGCUGUGUACACAGGGCCUGGUCCAGUAAAGGAUGUGUUCUCUACCACCAAUAGAAUGACUGUGCUUUUAAUCACUGACAGCAGUUUGGCAAGAGGAGGGUUUAAAGCAAACUUUACUACUGGCUAUAAUUUGGGUAUUCCAGAGCCCUGCAAGGAAGACAAUUUUCAGUGUGAAAACGGAGAGUGUGUUCCGCUGGUGAAUCUCUGUGACGGUCACCCACACUGCAAGGAUGGCUCAGAUGAAGCACAUUGUGUGCGCCUCUUCAAUGGCACAAUGUACAACAAUGGCUUGGUGCAGUUCAGAAUCCAGAGUAUAUGGCAUACAGCUUGCGCUGAGAACUGGACCACUCAGAUUUCAAAUGAUGUUUGUCAGCUAAUGGGACUAGGAAGUGGAAACUUAUCGACGCCAAUCUUCUCAACCAAAGGUGGACCAUUUGUUAAACUGAGCACAGCACCUGAUGGCAGCUUAAUACUAACACCCAGUCAACAGUGUUUACAUGAUUUCCUGAUUCUGUUGCAAUGUAACCAUAGAUCUUGUGGGAAAAAAAUGGUGGCACAGGAAGUCACCCCAAAGAUUGUUGGAGGAAGUGAUGCCAAAGAAGGGGCGUGGCCCUGGCUUGUCGCUCUGUAUUACAAUGGCAUACUGGUCUGUGGUGCAUCUCUUGUCAGCAGUGACUGGCUGGUGUCUGCCGCACACUGCGUGUAUGGGAGGAAUUUAGAGCCAUCCAAGUGGACAGCAAUCCUAGGCCUGCAUACGACAUCGAAUCUGACUUCUCCUCAAAUAGUCGCUCUGUCGAUUGAUCAAAUUGUCAUAAACCCACUUUACAGUAAACAAAGAAAGGACAAUGACAUUGCAAUGAUGCAUCUUGAAUUAAAAGUGAAUUACACAGACUAUAUACAACCUAUUUGUUUACCAGAAGAAAAUCAAGUUUUUUCUCCAGGAAGGAAAUGUUCUAUUGCUGGCUGGGGGAGAGUUGUACAUCAAGGUCCUACUGCAAACGUAUUGCAAGAAGCUGAUGUUCCUCUUCUAUCAAAUGAGAAAUGCCAACAACAAAUGCCAGAAUAUAACAUUACUGAAAAUAUGAUAUGUGCAGGCUAUGAAGAAGGAGGAAUAGAUACUUGUCAGGGGGAUUCAGGAGGACCAUUAAUGUGCCAAGAAAACAACAGAUGGUUCCUUGCUGGUGUGACAUCAUUUGGAUACCAAUGUGCACUGCCUAAUCGCCCAGGGGUGUAUGUCCGGGUCACAAGGUUCACAGAAUGGAUACAAGGUUUUCUAUAGUAGAGCAUUUCUUCAACCAAAUAUGAAAGGCAGGUAGUUUUCCUAUUCGACUCUAAGAAGCAUAGAAAUUAAGAAUUUUGUUUAAAAACAUUAAGAAGUUACCAAAAGCCUUUAUUCUUAAGCCACCGAAAUGUUAGGGGGAAAUAAAACAAACAAAA